CGCAACGUCCCCAAUUCUUGGCCAUGGAGCGGCGGCGCUCGCAUUCAAUCUCACCAGGGCUCUGAGAUGCGCACUACAGGGCAUGAUACAGAGAAUACAUGGCUCAUGUACGAUCGUUCCGCGCGCCAAACGAUGACACUAAACGGUAACGACACGCAAAAGGCACACCCCCAUCCGUUUCUCGCGCCACCAUCUGUGCCAUUGAUAUAUGAUCUGCGCUGCGCGCUUACCUCUCUUCGUUUUCCAUCAUCAUCUCCAUUUGCAGGCUGUGGGUGCGAGUUCCUCCGCGUCCCACUUACGCCAGAAAGGCCUACGCAGAUACGGCUCAUCAGCCCGGAAUUUCCCUGGGCGUUUAACAUUGGCCCCAGUGCCGGAGAAGAGGGCGUAACAUGUUACGACGUUCUCGCUGCACUGCACACUGCAUUGCAGUGCCCACUCACGGACACAGAGUGGGGAACCGCUAGGGGAGAUAAGCGGGCGAGUCUUCUCAGAGCUCACGAUCGCCGCCUACGGAUUGAACCUGCGUUGCUCGGGAGGGCGCAUUCUGCAGGACACACUAGCUUUGCACCUGGUGCCAAUGUGCCGCAUCGCAGGCCUGUGCAGCCGGAGCCGCUGCUACUCCGUAUCGACUGGCUUGGACCCCGUGUUGCAUUUCUGGGGCUUGUCAAAGAUGAUGCAUUUGCGAGGAGUAGACUCAUUCCGGGUAGUGGGCAGCCACCUGAGACAUGGGUAGUGAAGUUCCAGAGAUUAUGACUUCGAAGGUCCGGAGAAAAUGUACAAACAUCUUACUAUCAGUUAUCGUUUAUCGGAAUUGUAUGAAGUGUGGAAAAUAUGCGUCGCUACUUA